GACUUUGUUGAAUAAAAAUCGAAACCGUUUGGUUUGUGCAAGUUGCGACUUGUUUUGGGUUUGGUGGAUUCCAAACUUGCUGAGCUUGUGUAUCGAUUGAAUAGUCACUUCAAUCGUGGUCGAGCAACUACCCUUUUAUACCAAUCGAGCUAUCCCCAGGUGUGGAUUUGUCCUUUUGGUUCCGUUUUAUCCAAGUUCGUAUUAAGAACGCAUUGUUCUUGAUUCGAGCUCAAUCGAUUCCUCGAUUGAGUCGUUAGCUGCGUGACUUUGAUAAACAUACACCCCCCAGGGGCGUAUUAUUUUCUAUGCAAAAGUGAUUGAGACUUUACUUUGGGUGUGAUUUAGAUGUAGAAAUGUAAGUUAGAACCUUUCAUUUUAGGCGAUUCUAAUAAUUUUACCCGGUUAAAACCAAACCACCAUCAUUUUUUCGGUUAUCUCGGUUAACCGACCAACUAACCGAUAACCGACCGGUCGGUGUUCGAUAGGGGGAGAUGGUGGUUCGGUUAACCGGUAACCGACCAAUCGGUUAUCGGUUAUAACCGAACCGAACCGAACCGAAUCCACCCCUAGCCGUAGCUUGUCUUCCAAGGACGGAGCCAGCUUGCUGGGCUCCCCCUAAGAUGUUAUAUAAGGUAUAAUACCGAGUAUGUUGCAAAAUUUGCAACUAGCACAACUGGUUGGAAUGUUUGUUGUUGUCACCUUAUAUUGCCAUUGGCCGGGGUUCGAAGCAUGGAGAAGGUAAGUUUUUAUUUGGCUAAAUUGCAAGUUUGGUCACUCGAAUUGCUACAAAAUUUCACGUUUGGCCACUCGAAUUCGUUUAUUCCAUUCGUAGUCACUUAAAUUAGUUGAAUAGUCCAAGUUCGGUCACUCUCCGUUAACUUCCGUCAGACUCUGUUAGUGUCGUCAGUUAACUUCUGACGUGGCUAACAGAGAUGCCUAGUCACCCAAUUUUAAUCCAAGAAAAAAUAGAAAUUGACCCGCCACGUCAGAAAAACAUGCCACCUCAUAUAAACACAACCCAACCCACCCAACCUAAAAAACCAUUAACCCACCCAGAAAUCGAACCCGUGACCCAUUCACCCUUCUUCUUCUUCCUCUAUACCCUGCUUCCGCCGCCGCCGGGGAACCAAAAAAGCCGGUUCUUCGCCAUGGUCCAACAGAGGAAUUCCCCAAGAAAGACGUGGAGCCGAGCAGGUGGUUGGAAAUUAAUGGUCCAACGUCUUCCAUGGUCCAACGUCUUCCAAAAGCCGGUUCUUCGCCAUGGUCCAACGUCUUCCAUCACAACAAUCACCCCCCUCAACGCCAUCCCGAAACUCGCCCCACUCCUCAUCUCCAUGUCGUCACAAUUACAAAUACCAAACUCCACGAAAUGGAAGAGGAUUAAUCAACUGCAAGGCCGUCCCUGGAGAGUCGAAGACUCCGACGUCCGAGAGGUCGUGUUGUACAGGGCGGGACUAGUGACGGCAGCUACGUCGUUCGUGGCUGCUACAUCGACGGCGUUUCUGUCGGGCGAUUCUUCUCUGUUGAGCUCAGCAAUCGAACAAAACCUCGACGUUUUUUACAGCGUGGGAGCUGGUAGGCUGGGAAGCAGGGUAUAGAGGAAGAAGAAGAAGAGUGGAUGGGUCACGGGUUCGCUUUCUGGGUGGGUUAAUGGUUUUUUUUUAGGUUGGGUUAUGUUUAUAUGAGGCGACAUGUUUUUCUGACGUGGCGGGUCAAUUUCUGUUUUUUCUUGGGUUAAAAUUGGAUGACUAGGCAUCUCUGUUAGCCACGUCAGCAUUUAACUGACGGGACUAACGGAGUCUGACGGAGGUUAACGGAGAGUGACCGAACUUGGACUAUUCAACUAAUUUAAGUGACUACGAAUAGAAUAAACGAAUUCGAGUGACCAAACGUGAAAUUUUGUUGCAAUUCGAGUGACCAAACUUGCAAUUUAGCCGUUUUUAUUUACUCCUUUUCUGAUUUCAAGUUCACUUACUCCUUACAUCUCUUACAUCUUUCAUAGUUAUUCAAUACUUCAAUUUUACUUUUUAAAUUGGAUUAUUGGUAAAAUAUGUCCAUCUAUUAUGUCAUUUUAUCAAACAUGCAUUUUUACUAUUUUUUACAUCAAACAUGUCUUUAUACUUUAGAAAAUUUAUCAAACAUGCCCUUAUGUUAAAAUUUUCAUUCAAAAAUCGUGAACCACGACCGAAUUUUGGUUUGGGGGACACAAAUGUCUAAAAUAUCUCUAAUAAUUUUACUUUAGAAUUUUUUGGUCCUUUUGAAUAGCCAAAUAAUUCUAAUAAUUUCACUAUGAUGAGACCCAAAUAAAUAAAACAGGGGACAAAACUGAUGUAAAAAAUAAUAGAGGGGCAUGUUUGAUAAAACCACAUAAUAAAGGGCAUAUUAUACAUAUAACCCUUUUAAAUUUUGCAAAGAAACCACUCAUCAUUAUGGUAAUCUUAAUUACAUUUGAUGCAAGAAAUAUAGCAAGAAAACUCCCUAACCAUUCAUUGUAGUAACCUUAAUAAUUACAUUUGAAUGUGAUGCAAGAAAAUGUUUGAUCUAAUCCAUAAAUUAUAUAAUUUUUCUUAAUUUUUUGAAGUUAAAUCGUCGUUAUUAGAAAAAAAAAAGUAAUUGUGUUAUAGUGUUUUUCAAGAUUCUAAUGAAUAUUUUCUUCAUGAAUUUACAGAAUGUUGUGCUAAAUUGAUUUCAAUUUUUGAUUUCAUUGCAUGUCCUUGUGACAAUAAUUGUUUUGAUUGCAAUAAAAGGUGGUAUCUUAUCCAUGAAUUAUUAAUCGCCUAUUUGUUUCGUAGUGAAAUCAUCGAUUAUUUGUGUAAAUCUACGAAAAAAAUUCAUCAACUUAAUUUUGUUCUUCAUUAUGUCAUUAAAAAAAAAAAAUUUAUCGGCCCCCCCUAAUUUCAAAUCCUGGCUCCGUCCCUGUUGUCUUCUAUUUUGAUCGACAAAAAAUAGAGAGAGAAUGGUUUUGUCUCUUGGCGGAGAGAUAAGGAUAAGGUGGGUGAGUUUUGUAAGGUUGAGAUUUUUCCUAUUUUCCCCCGAGGCAACUAACGUGUAAGCUGGCGGAGAGGGUUAGAUUAUCGAGUGUAAGCUAGCAAUGUUUAUUCAUGUAAGAUAGUUUAUUUUAUUAUACUUUCAUUCCGUGGGAAACCAAAAGAAUUGGAUAGAUUAUACAUGCACUGCACCCAUGGUUUCAGAUGGUAAAAUAUAAAAAUAAUAUUAAGUUUAGUUAUCCAAUCCUAUAUUGAAUCUAACUAUUUUUGAAAAAAAACACAACUCAUCCCCAAUUAUUUUUUAUCAAAGAAUAAAAAGAAUUUACAAUAAAUAAUUUUAUGUCAC